AUGCGUCUUAAAGAGAGAAUUCGGAAGGUCUUCACAGGCCAGAGCAAACCGAUUGAAGAUCCCGUUUAUUUCUUCCCUCUUUUCGAUCUACCAAAUGACAUCCUCGUUUGUCUUGCUCCAUACCUCUCCUACGAUGCCCUUUACAAUCUAAUCCGGACAAAUCGCCGAUUCUACCAUCUUCUCAUCGUACCCCUUUACAAGAGAUUUCUAGACAACAACCUCUAUCUAAAUGUUGUCGAUACUCUCGCAUGCGCCUCUCUCACCCUGAAUCCUGGCACACUCCGCAAUCUCAUCAGAGUGGGUGCGCCCCUCCACCUUCUCACAGGCACCAGAAAUAAUCGCACACGUGCCUCUCUCUACUUGAAAAGUCACACGGUGGAUAAUCUCCCCAAUGCAGGCGCGCCGGGCCCGGUCGAGCUUUUUACACCUAUGGGUUCCGGACGCAAGCCCACAAUCCUACUUUCUGCGGCUCUCGAAGGCAAUAGCAAAGUCGUAAACAUGAUAGCGACUGCAGCACAUCUAGUACACCUGCAGGACACGUACGGAAGACCCUCAGAAAUUGUCUUCAAGGUGGCACUCCCGAGUAACACGAUGGGUCUUCCGGGUACUGAUCAGUGUUGCCGGAAUAUACUGCAUCUUGCCUGCAUUAAUAGGGAGCACUUCAGGAUGACCAAUGAUUUUGAGGGGCGAACGAAAGCGGUGUCGCUUGUUCGAGAGUGCCAGGAAAAUGUCAAUUCGAGAGAUCUUAAUGAGUGUACGCCCUUGCAUUACGCAGUGCAGAGUGGCUGGGACUUCAUGAUACGGUUGUUGCUGAGGUCUGGCGCGAAUGUUAAUGCAAAAAACCGCGCUGGAGUCACAGCGCUACACAUCGCGGCAAGGUUGGAAGACAUCAAGACAGCGCUGAGUGCCUGCCGUAUUCUUGUCGGGUUUAAAGCAGAUAAGACCAUGGUGGUCCCUUCAUCUGGGCGCACAGCGCAUGAUAUUGCCUUAUCCCGGAGAUUUAAAGCUGGUCAGCUUCCCCGCAUCGACGAGAUACGGACGAGACGGCUAGUAAAACUAUUAAAGCGCAGAUGA